CAGAGAGAGGGAGGGAGAGGGACCCAGGCAGACAGAGGGAGAGGGCAGCAUGUUGUGCUGGGGGCAGGUGGGCUGCAAACAGCUGGGUCUAACCCCUGGGCAGUACGGGGUGAGUUCAGAAGCCACUCACAGCGAUAGGCUUCUCAAACACGGGAGGGUUCGGCACAUUUGCUGCGGAGACGGAAUCACUGUGUUCGUGUUCGUGGAUAGGAAGGUUCUCUAUACAAUGAGCGGCCAGAAGCAGAGGAAACUUGGGUACAUUAAUGAAUUCAAGAAGGAGAGGAUUCACUUUGUGGACAGCGAAGCAUCCCGUGUCGUGUUUAUCACUGAAGGAGGAAAUAUCUUUUCUUGGACACUUAAAGAGAAUCGAGGAGUGACUUCAAAAGAAUUGCGCCUGACAAAGCCAGAGUUACUGAAGACUUUGUGUCAAACACGUGUUAUUCAAGUGGCCUGCGGAAAGGAUCAUUCACUGGCUUUGUGCAAAGACGGUCAACUUAUCGCUUGGGGGCAGAACGCUCAUGGCCAGUUGGGUCUUGGUACAAAAGAUGCCUCUCACACCAGCCCCCAGUGUUUGAAGUCUAUGGCUGGGAUCCCAAUAGCUCAAAUCGCGGCAGGAGGAGCACACAGCUUUGCGCUCUCUGUCUCGGGGGCUGUGUUUGGCUGGGGAAGGAAUGACCGUGGACAGCUGGGGCUCGGUGACACAGAGGACAGACACAAGCCUACAUACGUAAAGCCAUUAGAAGGUAAAAAGACAAUCCACAUCUCCUGUGGAGAGGAGCACACUGCCGUUCUGACAAAGGAUGGAUCGGUUUUUACCUUUGGAGCCGGGAGCUUUGGGCAACUUGGACACAACAAGAGAAGGGAUGAGAUCAAACCUCGCCUGGUCGCUGAGUUAUUUGCAGCCAAAGUCUCUCAGAUAGCUUGCGGGAGUUAUCACACGCUUGUGCUCGUUCCAUCAUCUGACAAGGUCUAUGCUUUUGGUCAAGGAAAGAAAGGGCAGCUGGGAAGUGGACACACCGGUGACCAGCUCGUGCCUCUUCCUGUUAAGUUAGCAUCACACACGUCUGACACAGGACCUGCAAGCGACUGUGAAAUUCAGCCAACCAUCAGAAGAAUAUUUGCAGGAGAGAACCAAUCCUUUGUGGAUUGCUUUGAGAAAGAGGUACAGAAAUCAAAACCAGUCAACCUUGCAACUGAAGCCUCAGUUACUAAUUUGAAGAAAAUUGCAACAGUAGAUCAUUUCCUUUCAGAACAAUUGCAAACGGAUUAUAAGAGACUGAAGAAAAAUAAGGUAAUUCAACACUUGUUUUCAUCUGCUCAAUCUCUGAACGGAAGCUUUUUGGAUUCGAGCAAAGAUAAACACUUCAAAACCGGGAGAGAGGAGUCAGGACUGGACAUGUCCGCUGUACGUUCGAAUUUCAAGAAACUGGCAGAAAACCCUGCAAUCUUGAAGCAGGCAAUUAAUACAGUAGAGAAUUGCUUGAUCCCUUCUCUACCCGACUCUCUUGCUGGAGUGGAAGCUCUCCGAGUGUACCUUAUUCUGCCAGAACUCGUGAGUGUAUUGGAAGAGAGCCCAUACAAAAUCGCGAAACUCCUGGGACUUCUGAGCCGAUCAAUACUGCUGCUUAAGAAAGACUCAUUUGAAAUACUUGAAUCCUUGUGGCGCACACUGUCUGUGCAUUACUUCAGAAAGCUCGUGGAGCUAUAUAGGAGCUCAUCAAAACACUUGGUUGAGGUGAACCUUCCAGUGGGGAAUGCUGAUCUGUUCGAUUGCUUAACCAUUUUACAAGCACUUUACAAGGUAAAUGGCAGUCGCGAUCACAUGAUUCCCGAGAAUGAUUUUCACAUUCCUCUAGUGCAAAUCAUUAAACAGAAUGUAAUGCCACAGAUGAAUGUUCUCGAAAGAAUAUUACAAUAUUGUCAAUACAACACUCAAUUAUAUCAGAUGGCAACUGCAUUAAUGCGUUAUCCUUGCAUCUUUGAUUUGGACGCAAAGGUUUUUCUGUUGCAAACGGAAAACGCAGUAUUCCAAGCGGAAGCUUUGCAGCAUCAGAACAUGAUACCAGUAUUACAGGUUGCAAGGAAUCGGGUUCUUCAGAGCACUCUGGAAUGUCUAAGAUUCUCCAAUGUGUCUCAUUUUCGGUCUGGAUUCUGGGUGCAAUUUACAGAUGAAAGUUGUUAUGGGCAUGGGGUGUCACAAGAAUUCUUCUCUCUCUUCACACGAGCGCUCUAUGAGAGCAAAGGGAUAUUUACGCGGAAUCCUAAUUCUGGGCUGCUUUGGUUCCCUAAUCAGGAGCCGGAAUUUGAUGACGUGUUUCGCCUCGUGGGAAUUCUCGUCGGACUCGCUCUACAGAAACAUUUCCUAGCAAAUUUUCGCUUCCCGUUGGCCCUGUAUAAGAAGCUGCUCCAAGUGCAGCCAACACUGGACGAUCUGAAGGAGUUAUUCCCAGUUGUAGGGAGUUCUCUUCAGAAACUCCUGGACUAUAAGUAUGAUGAUGUAGAAGAUGUAUUUUGUCUGGAUUUCACGGUAAUGAUGGAAAUGAAUGAUGGAACCCCAGUUUUGCAUGAACUUAUCCCUAAGGGCAAAGAGACACCUGUUCAAAAGCAUAACAGAAAACAGUUUGUCGAUGCCUAUGUGGAUUAUGUGUUUAACACAUCUGUCCAGAAACAUUUCACAGCUUUUGCAACAGGAUUUCGGAGCAGCUUUCCACUGAAUGUUGUAAAUGUAUUCCAACCGGUUGAACUUAGAGCCAUUGUCCAUGGAAACACUGAGUAUGAGUGGAAAAUGCUGGAGGAGAAAGCAACCUACAACAAAUAUAAACCCAAUGACCAGACCAUCAAAAAUUUCUGGACAGUCUUUAACCAGCUACCAGAGGAGGAGAAGAAGAACUUUCUUGCCUUUCUGACGGGAAGUGACAGAAUUCCAGUGGAAGGAAUUGGAGCUCUCAGGAUUAGGAUACUUCGUGCCACUUGUAAUGAACCGGAUUUGCAUUAUCCCCGUGCUUACACGUGCACCAACACUCUUGAUCUUCCCAACUACAGCAGCCUGUCAAUUUUAAAACAGAAGGUUCUCCAUGCAAUCAAAUUCGGCAAAGAGUUCAAUGCAAUACCACCUUAAUGUCUGCAGUCACAAAACCACUUCCUCUACUCACCAGAGAAAUGCCCAAGACUUGAACUUGAUUUGCCAUUCAAUUCCUUAUUGACAAAAUAAUAUGAAAAUAAUGGAAUUUGGGGAAAGCAUUAAUGAUUGAGAUAAUUUUUUAAAAAAUACAUACCAAUUUUCGUGGAGUUUUAGUACAAGCAUUCGUGCCUGGUCUGCUCCCGUGAUUUCUUCUCAAGUAGGUCGGGCUUCAGAGCUCAUGCCAAAUUUGUCCAUUUAGCAGUGACAAUGAAGAGGCGUAUUGAGGGACAAACAUUUCACUUGGUGAUUUCAAGCUGAUUUGGCAUCCUGGGAGAUGGUGGAGAAUUGAACUUUAUAUUUACCUGAUUUAUAUUGAUUUUCUUUGUUUGCUUAAAAAAAAGACAUGAAGAAUGCCUGCAAUGAAGUAAUAAUUAUGUAUUAAAUUAAAAAUAAUGGCCACCUGCCUCUUUGUAUAAAAAUAAAAGUAAAAAAAAAAAAAAUUGCGGUAAUGUUUACAGCAAAAAAAUUUAAAAUCCUUGGAUUUGAUAUGGUGUUUUUCGAGAGGUUACCUGAUCCUGUGGAGUGUGGAACGGACCCUUCACAGUUGUCAGCCUUGAAGCCGCACAGGCAGUGCUCUAUGUGAGACACUCCCGGGAACCCAAGUCCAGACCCAUCGUGCCCACUUACUGCCUGCAAUGCCGAAAGACCAUACGCGCAGUAAGAACACACAACAGCUACGGAAGAUGAGGUUUUGACCAGCCAUCAUGGCAUCAGGCGAUGCAGAUCGCCCCAAAAAAUGCGCGUUUCGCCCACAAGUAUACAGUCAACUCACUGUACAAUAUGUUCUGUGAAGCGCUUUGAGACGUCGAACAGUUUAUAUUCUAUUAAAACAGUUCUGUUUUGAAA